UGGUAUUACUGAUUAGACUGUACUAUCACCUGUAGUUUAACUUUGACACGCCUUCCAUAUUUUGUGUUUAGGUUCUGUUGUUUCACCAAUCAUGUUUUCUUGUACAGUUUAAUUUUUAGUGACAGUUCACUGAUACCUUCAUUUCAUAUAAUAGAUAUACUGUGGACUUAUAAAAUGGCAAAUUCAAAUAAUGAGAGAAAUUCUGUUAUAUCUAAUUUAAGAGCUUGUUUAAUUAGUUCUCAAGGCGGAAUUCGUAUGGAUUCAUUGAACAAGGAUUACAUGCAAAUUAUUGGUGAAUGUAUUCCAUAUAAAAGAUUAGGCUUCAACCAAUUGGAAGAGUUUUUAAAAUCUGUUCCUGAAAUCAGUGUGAAACGUAGAGGAGGAGAAGUUUACAUUGAAGCUAAGGAAUCACAGACAUCUGCUCAUGUAACUAAACUUGUUUCGAAACAGAAAAAAUCGGGAAGGAAAAAACCUAAAGCUAACAGAAACAUUCCUCCAAGGUAUUUCAGAACAGCGCCACGUUUUACGAAAAGAGUUUAUAAAGCUCCUCUAAUUUCAUCACCUCAAUAUAAUCCUCAGAAGCAAUGUUAUUUGCCUCCUCUGAAGAUAAGUGUCCCCCAAAACAAUAACACCAUCAAUUAUAAUGCUCGCAUAGUUAGUGAAGUUAACCGAGCAAGUAAUAAAACUAAUUACCCGAUGCCAGUUAAUCAUAAUUAUGUUGGAGUAAUGGAAAGGCCUAGCUUGGUUUCUCAGUUUACCCCCAAGAAUAUGAAGUACAUCCCUCCACUUCUCAGUGAUAAUUCUAUAAAACCUGACAUGACAUUUCGCAAUGAAGGUUUGCUUUCGCCCAAAAAUUUGAGAUAUCCUCCUCCACUUCUAUCCGAUAAUUCUAUAAAACCCGAUAUGGUAUUUCGCAACGAGGCUUUUAUUACGCCUUCAUCAAAUAAUUUAAAUUCAUUCAAGGAAAGCGUCUUUAAUAGCCCGAUAGAUCACUCCAGCUAUGGUAGUACUCCUACUCCUACACCUCCUGAAGAACCUUCCAAAAAGAUUAAACAGCUAGCUCAGGAUAGGCUCGAUAAAGUAAAAAAGCAUCAUAAGUUAUUAGUGACUGUUUCCCUACAACAAGGAGAAAGCACAUCGCCAUAUCAAAGGCAGUUAUCGGCUUAUAUUCAAGAAAGAGGUUGGGAAGAAGCUGCUUAUAAAAUUUUAAAGGAAAACAGCGGAAAGCGUGUUUGUUAUUGCACUCUCUCUAUUUUAAUACCUAGGAUGGCUCCAAAUCUAGCUCCUGAAGUUGUAGAUUGUGGCACUUUCCCUAACAAUUUUUAUGAUGUCAACGAAGCGAAAGAAUGUGUCGCCAAACAAGCCUUGGAAAAGUUGAAAAAACGGGAAAUCUUCAAUACUUUUCCCAUCAUUCAAGACCCUGCCCUGAUCCUUCAAAGGGUAGAGAGGAUGGUUAAGGAGAAGGACACAGGAAAAUGGGCUUCCAGAAUAGAAGAUGAGCAUAGAACAUUAUUUAAAGAAAUUUUACCUCCACAUUGGCUUGAUGUAGUGCAUGCUUCUGAUCAGUUCAUCGUCGAAGAACUGGCUAACUCUUCAUUGCUGAUUAAAGUCAAGGAGAAUGCAGUUCCAUUUCCUACAGUAGUUGACUCGACAAUUCCUAAAUUAGUUCUUCCAGAAGAUAAUACUUGGGAUGUGUUUGUCACACGAGCAGUUUCAGUCACUGAAAUCUGUAUUAGAUUUAUAGGUGAUGAUUACAGUGGAUUGUUGGACAGUUUAACUAGCGACAUGGAAUCAUGGUAUCAACAGAAAGAACAUCUAGUUAAUCCAUUCCUUGUUGUGGGAGAGUAUUACGCAUCGUACUGCAACGAAAGCUGGGCAAGAGUUCUUGUCAUGAAAAUAAAUAUUGAUGACAUUCAUGUCAAAUUUAUCGACCACGGUGAUGAUGAUGUUCUUCCAAGAUCGGUUUUAUACAAAUUGGAACCAAAGUUUAUGUCCUUACCACCUCAGGCCAUCACUGUCUCACUGAAAAACUUGGAAAGCUAUAAAAAUUGUAAAGAAGCUCCAGAUUAUUUGUUGACAAACAUUGUCGGCUCGUGUCUUGUUGCUGUUGUUGAACAAAGAACGCCUACAAUUUCUGUUACGUUGUUUGACACCAGUCAAGAAGAAGCUCUAAAUUUGAAUGAGAAGCUGAAAUAUUUAUUCAAUUAUAACUACAAAGAAAAAGUAAACAUUGAAGAAGAUGGUAUACAUCAAGCAUCUGUUAGCUUUAUUGAUGAAAAUGGAACUGUUUACAUUCAGUUCGUUAGUGAAACAAUUAAUAUACUACUUAAUCAAAUGGAAUAUAUUGAAGAUGGAACUUAUGAAAAAUAUCGUGUAAAAGAUUAUAGCCAGCUUUUUCCAGAUAAAUUAUAUCUUUUAGACCAGCAAAACAGUGAAAAACAUCGAGUCAAAAUUAUUAAUGCUACAAGUUUAAAUGGGCAGGUGUUAGUAAACUUUAUUGAUUCCGGUGGUGAAGAAUCGGUGUUUGUUGAAGAUCUGUAUAAUUUAGAAGAAAUAUCAUAUCUUCUGUCACAAAUUCCUGCUCAGGCUGUUGCUGUUAAACUUCACGAAGUCACACCUGAAGCUUUUACACCGGAAAGAAUGUCACGACUUAAGGAAUUAUUGUUAGGUGAAUCCGUUGUAGCAAAAAUAAGAAAAAUCGAGGAUGGUAUUCCAGUCGUUGAGUUGUUCAAAAGAACUGUGCCUGAAAAUUUGAUGGCUUCCAUUAAUCAAACGUUGAUUCUUGAUAGUACACUGAAAAAUGUUGUCAACAAACUGGAACAGUUUUCUUUUAAAUCGACCCCAAAGACUGAAAAAUGUGUUCAGAAGAACAUUCUGCAGCAAAUUAGUAACAAUUUUCCAAGCGGUAGUAUAGAACGAAGAAUAGCCGAGAAUCGACCUGUUUUACCAGAAGUUGGUGAAGAGUUUCAAAUAUUAGUUCAACAAACUGCAAAUCCUUCAUUUAUCAUGAUUCAGCCUUUGGAUUAUGUCAACGUUAUCCACAAUCUUGAGAAGGAAAUGUGCGAAUUUUAUAAUAAUCUAAAAUCUGGCUUGGACUCAAAUAUCAUGGAAGGAGGGCUGUGUGCUGUGAGGGACAAGAACUGUUGGUAUCGGGCCCAUGUUGACAAAAUUAUAGACAGUGAGAGUGUGUCAGUAAAACUUCUUGAUUAUGGAAGUGUAUCGUUAGUAUUAAAUACUGACGUAAAACCGUUAAAAGACAAUUUUACCAAAGUACCAUAUGUUGGAUUUUCUUGCAAAAUUUCGGGUAUUGCUGCAAAACAUGGAGAUUGGAGUGUAGAAGACUGUUUACAAACAAGAGUUCUCAUUGACCAUAAGAAACUUCUUGCUCAAAUAAAAGGAGUUCACCUGAGUCAAUCGAGUCUUGGCGGAAUUAUUUUAGAACUGCAGCUAUUCGACCUAAAUAACAUGACAGGGAAUAAGCUGGACAUUGGAGAAGUGCUUAUCCAGAACGGUUGCGCCAUACGUGAAGACCGGAAGAUUUAGACAGAUGUACCUUAUCGACUGUUAGAUUUUUGAGAUUUAUUGUUUAUUUAUUUAUUUAAGACAUUAUUCGGGAUGUGAAGCAGCUCCGUGCAGGCAACAAUUUGUUAUUCAAAGUGCUACUGGGAAAAUAUUAAUACCCAAAAAGAUCUGAAAUGCUAGUCCUUGUUAAAUCAAAAACCACUUUUUUAUAAUUUGUUUUCAUUUUACAUGCCAAAAUGAUUUUUUUGUCUAAUACUUGCUGAAAAAAUACUUAUCGAUGUCUUCUAUGUCAUUAUUCUUCCGUAAAACCAAGGCGUUAAUUUUGACAUAGAUUAAAUAUUAUGUACUAACACUUUUAUAUUAUUUGUUUAUUGUAAUAUCAAAAAGUUGUUGGUUUUAUUUAUUGUAAAAUGUCUUAAAAAGUUAUGAAAAAGAAGCAAGUUAUUAAAUACUGACUGACUUAACUCUGUUACUCUUAAAAAGAAAAUUAUUCUAAGGCUUAUUUAUAUUUAUCUAUGUUCUUUGGUAGUUUUGGGAUUGCUUUUGUACAAUUGUGAUUAAUCAAUUAUGUUCCUUGUAUUUAUCAUUAUACUAAUAUACCAUUAAUGUAUGUUACUGAUAAGUAUUAUUAUAUUUAUUUAUCCAAGCAUAUUUUGUAUAUUGAUGCUUAAUAAUGGUUGUGAUAGGUGGGUAUUAUUGUUAUAUAUAUAACUUUAAUCCUGUAUAGUAGAGCAAUGUUUUAUUCACUCAUCCCACCUCUUAUUGGAUUUUUUUUUUAAUAAUACUAUUUAUAUUUAAUAAUACCCUUUGUGAUUAAUUAUUAGCCGGGUUAUUGAAUGUCUCGUAAUCUGAUACCGAGCAUUUGUUGAAGUUUUUUGUUUUGUUUUUCUAAGUCAUUUCCUGCUCAACUUAAUCUAAUGGACUGUUUUUAUAUAGAUAUUUUUUAAAAAAGUUUAUAAUGCAUUCAUUGAACCAUUCCGGUUGAAGGUUUUUUUUUAUUUAUUUAUUUUUAGUGUAGAAGAAAUUUAGAUACUGAUCUGUAAUUUUUCAUUCCAUUAUUAUUAUUUUUUUUUUUUUAAAUUGAGGUAAAACAAAGAAAGUUUACUAUUCUAAUUGAGAGGUCAAAAAUACAGGGUUUGUAGAAUAUAUUACAUGUAAAAAGAAUUAAAGAAACAAAAAAGAAAAAUUGAGCAAUUAGAUCCUGUGAUAAUUAUAUUGUUUUGGUACGAAACGUGAACUUAAAAGUUCAAUAAAAUGUAGAUGUGCCUUAUGUGACGAAGUCAAUAGAAUAUAUCUUAUUUUGUUAAUAGUAUAAGAGUUUCUUAUUUUAUUUGUUAUACAUUAUUUUCUUACAGAAUGUUGGUUAAUAUAUUGGUUAACAGCA